GAGGAGGACCGUCGGCAUGCCUCAGCUCCAGGAUUAUAUAUCUCCCCUCACUUUCUCUCUCUCAGGCGCGCUGCUUUUUCCUCUUCUUUUCUCCCGUAGAGUUCACUUUUUCCCGUCUCCUUUCUUUCGGACAAGGCGUUAAGGAAAACCAGCCGUGCGUCAUGGUGCGUCUUAGCGCAUUAUUUCUGGAUCUUUAAAAAAAGAAAAAGUGAUUUAUUUUGCCUGGACUAAAAUGAAGUGCUGUUUCUGUUUGAAGGAGAAGAGAGGCAGCGUUUGGCAGCCCGUGUCUCUCUCUGAAUAUUUGGCUGCAGCUGCUGGUGAUCUCUGUGAAGCCACUGAAUAAAUCGGCGCUCUCUAUAAGGAAAACUGGGUUCCAGUAAGCGGCUUUUUCCUCCUUCCGAUUCCCCUCUGUCUCUGACAAUGUGCCAAGUCCAUCCACCAAACAGAAUCCCGUUGAUUUGUCAUGGUUUCGCUAUUUUUCUUUUCCAUAAUUGAUUUUUUUUGGGCUGCAUUUUGGAUUUUUUGGGAUUUCACAGGCCCGUUUUAACAUCAAAUAACGGCGGUGCGCGCUUGUGUGUGUGAGUGAGUGUUUGUGUGUGUGUGUGUGUGUGUGUGUGUGUGUGUGUGUGUGUGUGUGUGUGUGUGUGUGUGAGCGCCUCUACCUCCUUUCCCCCCUCUCCCUGCUCUGAGAACUCACCCUGUGAUUUUUUUUUCCAUCCAAGGCUUACGCUGCAAAGUUAAAUGCUGGAUCUAUAUUUCAGCGACCAUUUUUGGCUGUAAAAAUGCUGAGCGGCGUCCUCUUGCUGAGCGUCCUCACGGUCACCAGCCUGUCACCGUCCGAAACGGAGAGCCGCAAAACUUCAGCCUCCAAAGAAAUCUGCAAGACCCGCUGCACCUGCGAGGAGCGGGAGAACAUUCUGAACAUCAACUGUGAGAAUAAAGGAUUUACCACUAUCAGUCAGUUCCAGGCGCCCCCAAAUAAAAUCUCCCAGUUUUUUCUAAAUGGAAACUUCCUGUCACGGCUUAGCCCCAAUGAGUUCGUCAAUUACGGCAAUGUUACCUCAUUGCAUCUGGGGAAUAACGGCUUGCAGGAGAUACGAACAGGUGCUUUUAACGGGCUGCGCUUCCUGAAGCGUCUCCACUUGAACAAUAACAACCUGGAGGUGAUUAAAGAGGACACCUUUGCAGGACUGGAGAGUUUGGAGUAUUUACAGGCAGACUAUAAUUAUAUCAGCACCAUAGAGCCAGGUGCUUUCAGUAAACUGAAUAAGCUCAAAGUGUUGAUCCUAAAUGACAACCUGCUGUUGUCUUUGCCUCCCAAUAUUUUCCGGUUUGUGCUCCUCACCCACUUGGAUUUACGUGGCAACCGACUCAAGAAUCUGCCGUUUGCCGGGGUUUUAGAGCACAUAGGUGGCAUCAUGGAGAUCCAGCUGGAGGAGAACCCGUGGAAUUGCACCUGCGAUCUGAUUCCCCUCAAAUCCUGGUUGGACACUAUUUCAGUCUUUGUGGGGGACAUAGUGUGUGAGACGCCAUUUAGGCUGCACGGUAAAGACAUCACGCAGCUCAUAAAGCAGGAUCUGUGCCCACGCAGGAAUGCUGGUGAGCGUGUGCACCCCCCCUCUGACUCUCACUUUCAAGGGGCCCUGCCCCCGACCUACCAACCAGGCAUUAUCACCCCCACCCGUGUACCGAAAGCCUCCCGCCCACCCAAAAUGCGCUACAGGCCCACCCCUCGCAUCACAAAGGACAAACAUGUUUUUGGGCCUAUAAUGGUUUACCAGACGCGCUCCCCUGUGCCCAUGUUAUGUCCCAGUGUGUGCGUGUGCACGUCACAAAACCCUGACAGCGGAUUGAACAUCAAUUGCCAAGAGCGAAAGUUGCAUAACGUCAGUGAGCUGAACCCCAAGCCGUCCUACCCAAAGAAACUCCACCUGACCGGUAACUACUUACAAAUGAUUUACACAACUGAUCUUACUGAGUACAGCUCACUGGAGCUGCUUCAUUUAGGAAAUAAUAGGAUAGCAGUGAUUCAGGAAGGAGCAUUUGAGAAUCUAACAAACCUGAGACGGCUCUAUCUGAAUGGGAAUUACAUUGAAUCACUUUCUCGAUCGCUCUUCCUUGGCCUGCAGUCACUCCAGUAUUUGUAUUUGGAAUAUAACAUCAUCAAAGACAUUUUACCACAAACAUUUAACUCUUUGCAUAACCUUCAGCUGCUUUUUCUCAACAACAACCUGUUAAGAUCGCUCCCUGACAACGUUUUUGGUGGCACCAUGCUAACGCGACUCAACUUGAGGAAUAACCAUUUCUCCUACCUGGCAGUUCGAGGGGUUCUAGAUCAGCUUUCAGCAUUCAUCCAGAUCGACCUACAGGAGAACCCCUGGGACUGCACUUGUGACAUCGUGGCGCUCAAAAACUGGAUGGAGCUGUCCAGUACCAGCGUAGUGGUUAACGAGAUCACUUGUGAUUCGCCCUCUAAACACGCAGGUCGUCUGCUGCGCUCGCUUCGCAACGAGGCCAUCUGCCCCGAGCCCAGCGAGGCGCCCCCGCCACAACAAGCACCCCCAACAACAGCCCCAACAUUAAUAAGCCCUGGCACUGAGGCCAGCUCCCCUUCCUCCUCUUCUUUUAGCUCAGUCAGCCCCACUGAAUCCCGAUUCCACACUCCCGAGUUACACCCCGAGGUCCCACUUUCAGUCCUGAUUCUUGGGCUUCUUGUUGUUUUCAUCCUGUCAGUCUGCUUUGGCGCAGGCCUCUUUGUUUUUGUUCUGAAGCGUCGCAAAGGAGUGGAACAUGUCCCCACAGGCACUAACAACAUCGAUCUCAACUCGUUUCAAGUGCAAUAUGGCUCCUACGCUCCUGAACCAACCCAAGACAAAACCUCUGAAAGCCACGUUUAUAACUACAUCCCCCCAUCUGUGGGCUCCAUGUGCCAAAACCCUAUUUACAUGCAGAAGGACGGCGAACAGGUGGCGUACUACCGCAACCUGAAGGAGCUUAGCUUUGGGCCCCUGGACGUAAAAAAGGAUGUCCUCACCCGCAGCCCAGGGGCCUACACUAUCAGCACAAUGGAUUUUAUGGAUAAAUCUCCAACAUCAUGCAGUUUGACCACCCCGGAACCUCCGGAGAUGUUGUAUCAAAAUUUAGGUGAGAGGCCCCACAAAGAGCUUCCCUCGGCUGCAGGCGUCCCUCCUUUCCAUUACAACUUUUGCACUUUACCUAAGAGACCUUGCAUUGUGCCCCCCUACGAGGCUGCAACAGCCCGGCGGCAUAUCACCAACCAGGACAGGUUGAACAAAACAGUGCUGUAUGGGACCCCUAGGAAAUACUACGGGGCUGAACAUCUUUCCAAAAACAACGAGCACCCGCUUCUGCUCCCUGGGAAGCUAAAAGCAGAACCAGACUACCUGGAGGUUCUGGAGAAACAGACUGCGAUGAGCCAACUGUAAGAUAGCAACAAUGCCCCCCGCCCCCCAGGUUCUGUGCAGCAUUCAUAAUAAUCACGCAGUUACUGUAAUAAUAGCCCUCUCUAUAUAUCUAUCUUAUCUAUCUGUGUUCAAUCCUACAUGAUUGACUGGAAGCGAAUCCUUUGACGAUCUUUCUUCUCUCUUCCUUUUCUUCUCUUUCUUUCUUUUCAAGAUGUAUAAAAAGGAGUAUAAGAAUUAUAUUAUUAUGCAGUUCUAUAUUUUCUCCGGGAAGGUAUAAAUUAUUUCUUCUUUUUGGAAAAAGUAAAUUCCAAAAGACUUUGAUGACGGCAGGUAUACAAUGGGCAGGUCUGUAUUCAAAUACGGCUUUGUGUUUUUUCAUAAAACUGUAUUUUAUUUUCCCUGUGAUAAACAGAAAACGUAUGAAAUAAUUAUUGUUUGUAGAAGAGGACAUGCUACAGAUUGACAUUCCUGUAUAUACUUAGCAGACACAGAUAAAUGGUGAGUGUUAAACCAUACAAAAGAGAACCUUUUCAAAAUCGAACAAGCGGCAAAAUCUUACUCUACUUACUCCAGAAAGUGCCUUUGCACUCAACUAUUUUAUCAACAAUGCUCUCUGCGAAAUGGAAAUGUUCCUCUUUUGAAAGUGCUGUAUUUUAAAGAAUCAAAUCUUUAUGUAAAAUAGAAGACUUAUUUGUCUGUUUAAAAAGAAAAAAAGAAAAAAAUGAGACUGAGUGUGAAAUGAUAUAUGAGUUCUUGAUGAGGAGAAUCAUGUUUCUUUGCUUUGAAUAUGAAGUGUCUUUGGAUGUACAACUUAUAGAGAAUAUUGUAUGCUAUAGGGGAGCAAUACAGCGCGGCGAAAAUACGCCAUUAAACUUUCACUGAAGCACUUUGUCAAGA